AUGCAGAAUCAAGAUGCUGCCAUCAAGAAACUUGAAACACAAAUUGGCUACUUAUUCAAGCAAGCCCCUGGCCACAACAUUCACAGCAACACUAAUUCAACUCCAAGGGAGGAGUGUCAGGCUAUCACCCUCAGAAAUGGGAAGGAAUUGAAGGAGACCUACAAGAAACCACAAGAGAAGAAAUCGGAUGAAGAAGAAAAUGGACAAGAGGAAAUUCAAGUCCCCACUCCCAAGUCACACCAGGAAGGAGAAGCGCUGAAGCCAAACUUUCCAAAAGCCCCAUACCCUCAGCAAUUGAAGAAGAAGGGAGAGGACAACCAAUUCUCCAGAUUCUUGGAAAUCUUCAAGAAAUUACUGAUUAACAUACCCUUUGCUGAGGCAAUAGAGCAAAUGCCACUCUAUGCCAAAUUCAUGAAGGAAUUGAUGACCAAGAAAAGAAGCUGGAAGAGCAAUGAAACUGUGGUACUAACCGAAGAAUGCAAUGCCAUCAUCCAGCACAAAUUGCCCCAGAAACUCAAGGAUCCUGGGAGCUUCCAAAUUCCUUGUAUCAUAGGAGAAAUCACAGUGGAAAAGGCUUUAUGUGAUUUAGGAGCUAGCAUAAAUCUGAUGUCCUUAGCAAUGAUGAAGAAAAUGAGAAUUGAGGAGGCCAAACCAACAAGAAUGACCCUGCAACUAGCAAACCGAUCAUUCAAGUUUCCUCACGGAAUAGUGGAAGACUUGUUGGUGAAGGUGGGAGACUUUAUCUUUCCAGCAGAUUUUGUAGUGUUGGAGAUGGAGGAAGGAGCCAAAACUUCUAUCAUCUUAGGCAGGCCAUUUUUAGCCACUGCCAGAGCCAUCAUUGAUUUCCAAAAGGUACAAGUCACUCUUGAAGAAGAACUUGAGGAGUCAAUAGAAGAAGAGGAAUCAGUAUCAAGCGAAGAGGUUGCAACAGCUGAAACUCAUGUUCAGGGCACACUAGAGGGGAAGGAUGAAAGGAAGGAAGCACCCAAACUUAAACUACAGGCACUGCCGGCCACCCUCAAAUAUGCAUACUUAGGAAAGAAUGAAAGCUAUCCACUAAUCAUAAAUUUAGCCCUCAGCCAAGAACAGGAGGAAGAGUUACUUCAAGUCUUACAAAAGUAUAAGGAUGCCAUUGGAUGGACACUUGCUGACUUGAAGGGAAUCAGUUCGGCCAUAUACAUGCAUAAGAUGCUAUUGGAAGAGGAUGCCAAACCUUCCAUUCAGCCCCAAAGGAGGCUGAAUCCAGUUAUGAAGGAAGUGGAAUUCAACAUUGAGAUUAGAGACAAAAAGGAUGUGGAGAACAAGGUAGCAGAUCAUCUAUCCAUGAUCCCUUGUGAGGAAGGUGCUACACAUGAUACAAGUGUAAAUGAGUUCUUCCCAGUUGAGUAG